AUGAGGAUCUACACUCCGUGGAUGCUAAUUGUUAGUUUUCAUAGGCUACAGGCUGAACAAGAAAGACUAGAAAGAAUAGGUCCAAUAGCAUACUACUCGGAAUGGGUAAAAGCAUGGAAGAGAGACACUUCACGUGAAGCUGUUCAAAAACAUUUUGAAGAGACUGGGGAAGAUGAGAACACCCAACUCAUUGAAAUGUUCACACAUCAAACUGAUCGGGAGUACCGCAUAAUGAUGGGGACUGAUAUUCGUAUCCGCAGGGAUCCAUUGGCAAUGCGAAUGCGGGAGGAUCAAAUAAAGCAAAUAUGGGGUGGAGAUCCAGUUUACCCAACUAUUAACUACAUUCAAGAUCCAAAUGAGGUGAUUGAUUUCCGGGGUCCAGAUUUUCACGAACCCACACCAAAUAUGCUGGCUUAUCUUAAAGAGCAUGGCAAAUUAAUAUCAAGAGAUGAGCUUGAGAAAAUCCUGGCCAAAGAGAAGACGGAAGAACUUGAGGUAACAGAUAUGGAUGAAGCUAUGGCACGAGCUGUUGAUAUUGGCGAAAAUGAUGAUGAAGGAGAGGACAGUGAGGUUGAUGGUGAUGAUGAAGAUGAGAAAAUCACCCGGAACUGGAGUGUUCUAAAAAGUACUCCUGAGCUUCGGAAGUCAAAGGGACAACCUAAGAAGGAUGACAUGUCUCUAGGAGAAGCAGUAGAUGACUCCGAGAAUUUAACUGAUUUUCUUUUGGACUUUGAGGAAAAUGAGUGA